ACUUGUACGUAUCAUUGCCUGUACAUGUUAGCAAGUGACAUAAGAUUAGAGUGCAGCCCAGUGCAUAUCAUGCUCCUUUUGUUGUUUAUACACAAGGUAAGUGUAGUGCAAAGGUAAGGUAGUGGUACCCAUCUCAGUGUUUACAGUGUCCGGGAAGCUGCCCAUAGACAUACUGGGUUUUACAAAAUCUGGGAUGACUGAAGGUGCUUCCAGGACCCUUUUAUCUUUGCCAAGGAGAAGUUCCAUGUUAGGAUUCAAAACCCCCUGUGCAGCAGAACCUGAAGUGAAACUGGGCAGUCCCAGAGUUGCGUGGGGGGUUAGAAGUACAGCACUGCCCUGAUAAACCUGUGGGCCCAGUGCCCACAGCUCUACCUUAUGCCAUGACAGACAUGUCAGAGUUGAAAUUUGCUCCAGUUUCAAGCUAAAGGGGUUGCUGAUCACCCAGGCAAGUUUCUUUUACAAGCUCAAUUUCUCUCCCUGCACAGACACGCUACUGCAGAGUUGUUAGCUAAAAGAGCACUCUCUCUUUCUGGGAGUAAGAUAGACAUCUGUGUAUGUUUGUAUGUGUCUGUCGCCUUGUGGCAGUAACAACGUACUUCCCCUGCCUUUGUCCUCAUAUGCACUACCUGGGUGUUUCUCCACAACGCUGGGCCUAACCACAGUUCCUUUGUAUUCCAGCCACGUGGAUGUGGCAUGCGGCAGCUAAGGGAGAGCAGUUGCUGUUUGAUGGUGUAAUGGUGCAUAGAUUACUAACCAGGAGAUUUAUUAACUACACAUAAAGGUGCUGCUAAUAUGGGGAAUUUGCUGAGUGUAAAGCUAGAGGGGAGGGGAGGGGAAGGGAGGAGGGGGCUCCCUUACUGCUCCUUGAUAAAUGGCCCAGGAGCCAGGGGUGCUUGGAGGGGUGCGUCUGGGUGGGGCAGGCACUGCACAGUGUUGGAUUGCUGCCACUCCUUAAGAAAUUUGGUAGGGUGCCAGUUUACUACUUGUGCACUCAGAGGAAUAGGUUGUCAAUGCCAGAGAAGCCAGUCCCAAGAGCACAGCUACACUGGGUUCCUGCUUGCUCCCUUCCUGGAAGCAAGGUUCAGUCUAUGACAGGCAAAGAAACCCUGUUCAUGCUUUUCUACAGCAGCUGUACUUGUUUGCUGCCAAGGGCAAGGCUGGUUCCCGUGGCCUAUGCAGACAAGGUCCAAGAGUCUGGCCUGUAAUGUGAGCCUGUCAGCAGUUGUGUGAAGCCCCUCCUCCCAUGGUGCUAGGGCCUGGUGUGAUUCUCUCCCCCAUCGCUCCACUGCCUCAUGUUCCCUGCUCGUAACAGUGUCCUUUCCUGCUCUCUUGCAGUCACACCCACUCUCCUGGUUCUAUGGCUGCUGUGCGGGAGUGGUCCUGCACGCGCUGCACCUUCCUGAACCCUGUGGGACAGCGGCAGUGCUCCAUCUGUGAGGCUCCCCGCCAGAAGCCAGACCUCAACCACAUCCUGAGGCUCAGUGUGGAGGAGCAGAAAUGGGCCUGUGCCCGCUGCACCUUCAGAAACUUCUUGGGCAAAGAGGCCUGCGAGGUAUGUGGUUUCAUGCCAGAACCCGGGCCAAGCGGCUCCCCACUGCCCAUCAUCAACGGUGUCCUGCCCAAGCCCACUGUGCUGGUGGAACCCAAGGGGAUCUCCAAGGAGGAUGUGCACAAAGCUGAGAGCAGCAGUGAGGAGUCAGGUGGGAAGAGCCCUGAGGAGACAGAGCUGGAGAAUGGCUGGGCCUGCCAGCGCUGCACGCUGCACAACACACCUGUGGCCAACUCCUGCUCAGCCUGUGGGGGGCCACGCAAACUCUCGCUGCCCAAGAUCCCUCCUGAGGCGCUGGUGGUCCCUGAGGUCAUUGCCCCUGCUGGGUUCCACAUGGCCCCUGCCGCCCCUCAGCCUGGCGUCUCUAUAGAGAUCACAGACAGUGACCCUGUGGCCAGCCAGGGCUCCACGGCCAUGGAGCAGGAUGCUCAGAAGAUGCCAACCUUCAGCCCCUUCUCCCCUGGCCUGCAGAACAACCCUGUGCCCAGGAGCCGCAGGGAGGUGCCACCCCAGCUGCAGCCACAGGUAUCCGAGGCCUCUCAGCCCACGGCUCAGACUGCAGCUGGGCAGAAGGGGUCUCCGCAAGGCCAGGCCCGGGUCCCCCCUGUUGCCCGCUUCCAGGAGCUGUUGUGCACCAAGCGUCUGAGUGUACUGGAGGAGGAGAUGGAAGUCAGCCCAUCAUACUGGAAGUGCAGCACCUGCUCCCUGCUCAAUUCUGCUGGGGCUAGCAAGUGUGAGGCCUGCAGUGCUCAGAAGAGCAGUGACACGAUCGACCUGGCAGGUGACUCAGUGCGGUUCACCCCCUGUAGCCCUUCAAGCCCUGACUUUACCACAUGGUCCUGUUCCAAAUGCACCCUAAAAAACCCCACGCUUGUGCAGAAGUGCAAGGCCUGUGGCUCCUCCAAGCUGCACGGCUUCCAGGAGCAUGGAGUGCAGAGUGAAUCAGCCCCUAAGUGUCCUGACUGUGGCAUUGACAAGGGGAGCUGUGCCUCUUGCAGUGGCAAGGCCCCAUCGGCCCGCAAGGUGGCCCGCCUCUUUCCCUCUCAGCCACCCUUGGCCCAGGACAGGCUGAACCAGUGGCCGUGCCCUGCUUGCACCCUACUCAAUGAACUGAAGGCCAAGCAUUGCGUGGCCUGCCACACUCCCCAGCAGUACAUGACCCAGCGCAAGGGUGCCAAGCCGCUCAAGAGGCGGGAGAGCAUGCAUGUGGAGAAGAGGCGGCAAACGGAUGAGGGUGAGGCCAAGGCCCUGUGGGAAAACAUCGUGACUUUCUGCCGGGAGAACAAGGUGAAUUUUGUGGAUGACAGUUUCCACCCUGGGCCCAAAUCCGUAGGGUUCCCGGAUGGGGACAGUGUCCAGCAGAGAGUGAAGCAAUGGCUGCGGCCUCACGAAAUCAACUGCAGCAUCUUCAAGGACCAGUCUGUCAAGUGGUCGGUGUUCCGGACACCCCGGCCCUCGGACAUCCUGCAGGGACUGCUGGGAAACUGCUGGUUCCUGAGUGCGCUGGCAGUGCUGGCAGAGCGUCCCGAGCUGGUGGAGAGGGUCAUGAUCACACGGACACUGUGCCCAGAGGGGGCCUACCAGGUGCGACUCUGCAAGGACGGCACGUGGACCACAGUGCUGGUGGAUGACAUGCUGCCAUGUGAUGAGUGCGGCUACCUCCUCUUCUCCCAGGCCCAGAGGAAGCAGCUGUGGGUAGCCCUCAUUGAGAAGGCUCUGGCCAAGCUACAUGGUUCGUACUUUGCCCUCCAGGCAGGGCGUGCUAUUGAAGGCCUGGCUACGCUAACCGGCGCCCCUUGCGAGAGCCUGAUGCUGCAGGUCAGCUCCACUAACCCUCGCGAGGAGCCCAUUGACACUGACCUCAUCUGGGCCAAAAUGCUGAGUUCUAAGGAGGCUGGGUUUCUAAUGGGCGCAUCCUGUGGUGGCGGAAACAUGAAGGUGGAUGACGCGGCCUACGAGAGCAUGGGCCUUCGCCCGCGGCACGCUUACUCCAUAUUGGAUGUACGGGACGUGCAAGGCUUCAGGCUCCUACGGCUCCGUAACCCUUGGGGCCGUUUCUCCUGGAAUGGUGACUGGUCCGACGACUGGCCUCACUGGCCAACACACCUGCGACAUGAUCUGAUGCCGCACGGGAGCAGUGAGGGCGUCUUCUGGAUGGAGUACAGCGAUUUCAUCAGGUAUUUUGAUUCAGUGGACAUCUGCAAGCUGCAUUCAGACUGGCAUGAGGUUCGAGUACAGGGCACCUUCCCCAACAAGGCCAGUGGGCCUGUCACAGUGACCUCGCUGACAGUGCUGGAGCGUGCCACGCUGGAAUUUGCCCUCUUCCAGGAGGGCAGCAGGCGCUCCGACAUGAUGGACAGCCAUUUGCUAGACCUGUGCAUCAUGGUAUUCCGGGCCACAUUUACCAGUGGGAACAAGCUGAGCCUGGGCCGGCUGAUGGCGCACAGCAAGCGGGCAGUGAAGAAGUUUGUGAACUGUGACGUCAUGCUGGAGCCUGGCGAGUACGCAGUUGUGUGCUGUGCCUUCAACCACUGGAACACAGCCUCCGCCCAGGUCUCUAGCCCCACCAGCAGCAGCGGGCGCACCACAGCCGACUCCUCCAGCUACAUCCUGGCCAUCUACAGCUCACGCCUGGUGAUGGUGGAGCAGAUUGAAGCACAGCCCACCACGCUGGCCGAUGCCAUCAUCCUGCUGACGGAGAACAAGGGUGAACGGCACGAGGGCCGUGAGGGGAUGACCUGCUACUACCUGACGCACGGCUGGGCAGGGCUCAUUGUGGUGGUGGAGAACCGGCACCCCAAGUCCUACCUGCAUGUCCAGUGCGACUGCACAGACAGCUUCAAUGUUGUGUCCACGCGGGGCAGCCUGAAGACCCAGGACAGUGUGCCACCUCUGCACCGGCAAGUGCUGGUGAUCCUGUCCCAGCUGGAAGGCAAUGCCGGGUUCUCCAUCACCCACCGCUUGGCGCACCGCAAAGCCACCCAAGCCUUUCUUAAUGACUGGAUGUCUACAAAAGGGACCCACAACCCACUACUUACCCCUGAGGUGGCUGGGCUGCACGGACCCCGGCCACUAUGACAAAUGGCCCAGCCUUCCCCACCCUUCUUCUGCUUCUGCCUUUUUGCUUUAAUCAAGUCCCUGGCCCCUUUGGCUUCGGGCCUCUUCCCCAGCUGGCAUUACUGAGCCGCUGCAGGGGUGGAGGCAGGAGCGUGAGCCUGCUCUACUUCCACGGGGUGGGCUGGGGCUAAGGAGGACUCAGGACCCCCCUGGCUUCCUCCCUGUCUCUGCACACCCCUUCUUCCUCACCAACUCACGCACUUUACAAGGAGCCAUCAGGAGUGCGGGAGCAACAGCGUGGCUUGAAUCAUGGCAAUCUCAGGAUCUGGGCCCUCCCCACCGGAGUCCAGGCCCUCCCAUCCCCUUCUUCAUCCCUUCUCAUGGGAAGGAUCACUGCCACUCACCAGGAAGAAGUCUGGGCACCUUGGCAAGACUUGGAGAGGGGAGUGGGCAGGACAGGUCCCUCCCCUCCACCAUGGCAUGCUCAGGACUCAGCCCUGUUCCCUAGUAUCAGAACCCUAAGGCUGUGAAAAAUAUACCUCUGACCAA